GAUUUAUUAAUUUUAUCAAACUUAAACAAUAAAAGAUAUGGCAAAAACUAAAAGAAAUAUACGAGCGAAAGCAAAGAGUGCUGUAGGAGCGGCGAAGCAAAAGGUUCAGCAAAUACAGGCGAAACUAAAUAAAGAAAAUCGCCAGGAUAAAUUGCUACACAAGACCCUCUCUCCAAAGAAGACCAUAACAAAAAAAGAAAAAUCAGCAGAAAAACACUCAAAAUUGCUAAAACGCUUCGGAGAAAUACAGAAGGAGUUAAAGGAAGAGCAGGCACGCAAAGUUAGAGAAAAAACCAAAGUUGUAGGUGAUUUAAAGCCCCUGCGAGAUGCGCUGCCAUCCCUAGGCGAGAUGUACAAGUUGGUAAAAGCCCAAAAGAAAGAGAAAAAAGAUGGUAUCACAGUGGAAGAAGCUGAGACAUUGAGUGCCAAAAAGAAGAUCAAGAAGAAACGCAACGAAUAUGUAAACAAAGUCCGAUCAUUCGAAAAGCUAAUAAAAGACAAAAACUUCAAAAAGAAUCCCCGUGAGAUAGUUGCGAAUCAUGUGCGCAACAGGUAUCAGGCGAUGGAAGAUGAGGACAUGGAAUAGAGUAUCAAGAAAUUGA